AUGGCUAAUAUCAUCUUGUUUUAUUUCGCAUGUUUUGCUGUUUUACAGGUGGGUAAAUGAGAAGUUAUGAUAUCUAACUACUGUGCGAAUUUCAACAGGAUUGGGAAACAUACAGUAACCCACCUGUAUGCCUAAAAAUUAUAGAAUCAUAGGGAAAUUUUUUAAGUGUCUAAAUUGAUGCGGUAGACUUGCCCGAUUUUUUCAUCUACGAACCAGAGUUUUCUCAAAAAAAAAAUUAAAAGUAGUCCAAUUUGAUAGAAAAAAUUAAAAGUAGUCCAAUUUGAUUCCCAAAAUGUUUUAUUGAAAAAUGUAGGCACAAUAACCCAAAACCCUUCAAGUAUUGAAAAUGUAAAACUUUCCUAAAAUCGGCGACUUUAUUUCAAAGGAUUGAUUGAUGCGGAAAUUGUCCAAAAUUGUAAUAUUAUCACAAACAGAACAUUUCUCUUGUCCAUAAACUUGAAGAUUCGAAAUCCCUGCAUCUUGUCAAAACACAAAAUUUCGCACUUUUUGAUGUGUUUGGCACCGAGCCAGUUGUGUUUUUCUCUCGUUUCCAAUAUGUUUUGGACCCAAAAGAUCCUCAAUAUUCGCCUGGGAAAAAUAUGAAAUCUGAGCAUUGACCACCCAUUAAUCCUUUCCGUCCAAUAAAAUUCCAAAUAAUAUGCUUUUCGAGCCACAUGUUUGCAUCGAAUUGUGUAAUACUGAUCAUUUUGGACUUUACACAAAACAUACUUGCUCAGCUGUUUUCGUAGAAAAAUGGAGGAGAUAAUUUGAAUUUCAGAUUUCUGAAUCGCAAUAUCGACAAAAUCAGAAUCACAAUCAACAACAGCAUUAUCAACAUCAACAGCAAAUUCAACAAAGGCAGCAACAACAACAACAACAACAACAAGCCUAUAAUCAGAAUCAGAAUCAAAACAAAAACUAUCAUUAUCAGCAACAACAACAAAAACCACCACAGCAACAGAAUAAAUAUCACUAUAAUUCAUAUAACACUCCACAACCACCUCAAAAUAGCAGUAAGUUGAAAACAAAUGUAGAUUUUGAGAAACACUAAAUUUUUUGAGAUUCAGUGAAAGCUUAUCAUGUGCAAUAUCCACCGGUUCAACAUCCAUCAGUAGCAAAUAUUCCACAACAUUAUACUUGUGAUAUUCCACCUGAUUUGUGGUAAGUUCAAAUUGAUAGAUUAUCGAAAUCUGAGUAGCUAAGAAAAUGACGAAAUUUUUGAUCUUGGUGAUUCUUGAAAACUUAUUUCAUCCAAUUUCUUCUGAAUAUUAUUUUCAAAAUGUCACGUUUUUAUUAGUCGAGUUCAAAAUAACCAGACGGAAAUGCUGACCGCGGAGUCGAAUUUCAAAAAGAGCGAAUAUUGUUUUCAAUACAUUUUCGUUGUUUUUUUUAGGUGUGAUAGUCAACAAUCAGCUCAACAAUGUGGAGUUCAAAGACAAUGUGAUGCUCUUCGACAUCGUCGACAACCGAUUAAAAUCACAUUGAUUUAUGAAGCAUUAUGCCCUUAUUGUCAAAAGUUCGUGAAAAUAUUUCAAUAUUUUUCUAAAACUUCAGAUUUUCAGAUUUAUUUCUAAUCAACUUGGAAGCGUUUUCAAUCAAUUUCAAGGUCAUCUCACAUUGGAAUUGAUUCCAUGGGGAAAUUCGCGGAUUUUGAGGGUAUCAUUUAUCAUUCAUUUCUUCAAAAACCAACUGUUUCAUCAAUUUUUCAGGACGGAUCAUUUUCAUGUAACCACGGACAAAAAGAAUGUGAUGCAAAUCGAUUACAAUCUUGUGUUUUGGACAUUUUGAAAGUAAUUCUAAUGAGCCGAAGUUUAUUAAUAAUCAAUUAUAUUUUAGGUGAAAGGUGCUUUACCAUUCAUCAUUUGUUUUGAAAGAAACAUUCAAAGCUAUGGAGUUGAACAUGCUAUGCAAUCUUGCAGUGCAUUUAUUCGAACUCAAUAUAGACAGAUUAGGUAAAUUCCAUAAAUUUUCUGAAAUAAUACCUAUAUUACAGGCAAUGUUAUGAUGGUCAAAGAGGUGUUCAGCUUCAACGAGAAGCCGCCGAAAAAACAAUGUCAACCCGUCCAAAUCCUAUUCUAGAAGUACCAUAUCUUCUAAUUAAUGAUUAUACACCAUCUGUGGAUAACAAUAAUCUGAAUGUGAUGUUACUACCUCAAUUAUUGAACAAAUGGACAAAAAUGACCAAAAAAUAG